GGUCGUCAUCUUAAUUUUUGUAUUUUAGUCAUAAUAUUGAAUGAAAAUGGACUCACAUGUCAAAGUUUUAGUCUAAGUUAAUCUGAUUGCAUCCAAGUGAGGAACCGCAUAAACAUUGGUCCUUCAAACCGGAUAGAUUAUUGAACCCUAUAGCUUCAUCGUUUCUCUACUUGGAAACUCAAGAAACUCGAAUUCGCAAGACUAUCAAACGACGACAUUCUUCGGUGUGCUAAAAUUGGAAACAGACCACGUGUCUGGAGCACUAACUGAUGGCUGAACAAUUAGCAUUUCACAAGAAGAGGAGGACUGUAGUGAGGUCCUCUCUGACAAAGCUUAGUACCAAGUUGACAGAACUUGAGGCUAACCCACACGAUCCCACUCUCCUAGAGAGCGCAAAGAAUCUAGCUGAAAAGCUAAAAACUCUUGAACAACAGUUCAAAAAUCACCAGCUUUCUAUCAUUGAUCGCAUUGAGGAUGAUAACCUAAUGGAAGAGCAAGAAGCUCUCGACGAAAACGAUGACGUAGUCUCUGGGUACAGUAUCCGCAUACAGCGCUUGAUAACUGCAGCUACACCUUCUACCACGCCAGACACAAUAAGGGUGGUUACGAAGCAAUUAGCCCUGUUACAGGCCAAGGUGGAGUCCGUUUCUGAAACUAUACACACGCUGGACGAUGAAGAAGACGAUUUGGUAUAUACCCUUGAAGAAUACCGGGAUCAAAUGAUCGAGAUCAAGGUCGAGUUGACUAAAUUGAACACAUCUCUACUGACCUCAGAUGCAGCACCCGAAGAUGCUGUUAUGAGAGACUUAGCCAAGACGGAAAGGACUGUUUUCACUUGCAUUAUCACCAUUAAGAAACGCCUUUGUUCAAUCAAUGCCCCUGCUGCUAUGCCAAGUGAAACCUCUGUGACCAAGCUACCAAAACUCGAAUUACCGACGUUUCAAGGAGACAUUUUGCGAUGGAAGAACUUUUGGGAGCAGUUCUGCGUAUCUGUACACGAGCGAACAACCAUUCCUAAAGAAGAGAAACUGAUGUACCUGCAAAAUGCCAUCAAAGACAAGACAGCAAAGAACAUCAUUGCUGGCCUCACCAAGUCAAGUGACCAUUAUGAUGAAGCAAUAAAAUGUCUCAAGGAGAGAUACGAUCGCCCUCGUCAAAUUCAUCAAACGCACGUCCGUCACAUCGUUGAAGUCCCAGCUCUCAGAGAUGGUACUGGGAAGGAAAUCCGUGCACUUCAUGAUAUAGUGACUCAACACCUUCGAGCCCUCAAGUCGCUAGGGCAUGAACCGUCUCAAGCCUUUAUCACUUCUCUGUUAGAGAUGAAACUCGAUUCGACCACCAUGUUCGAGUGGCAGAAACACAGUCAAGAACACUCUGACGUCCCAAACUAUCAAGUAUUGCUCGAUUUUCUCAAUCUAAGAGCGCAAGCGGCUGAAGCUGCUUCGACUGAAAAGAAACGUGCCUCAAGACCAGUUAAUUCCAUGUUCAUAAAUGCGACAACUCACUCUGACAACUGCGCAGCUUGUGGACAAGAGAAACAUCAACUGUACGCAUGUUCCAAGUUUCGAUCCCUAUCACAUGAUGAGAAGAUUGAACUGCUUCGAUCAAAGAAUCACUGCCUGAAUUGUUUACGUCCUGGCCAUUUUGUGAAGAAAUGCAAGUCCUUGAACCAUUGCAAACACUGCCAAAAACCGCACCAUUCAUUGCUCCACACGGACAAGGAAAAGCACACGGACAAGGAAAGAUUGCCUGCUGGCACCUCAGAGUUUACUGACGCCACUUCGCUACAUGUGUCAGUCAGUUCCAAUAUUUUGUUAAUGACCUGUCAAGUCAUGGUGGAAACUCCACAAGGGGUAGUCAAAGCACGAGCGCUGUUGGACACUGGAUCCUCAGCAUCAUUCGUUUCCGAACGCCUAGCCCAAGCACUGCAUCUACGAAGAUCGACGCAAAAUGCAAGGAUAUGUGGUAUAGCAGGCUUGCAACAUAGCGACGGGAAACAGUCAGUGACCCAAAUUAUCAUAUCGUCUAUGCAAUCAUCAGGAAAAAAGCACAAGAAUUGGAAACACUUGGACGGCCUUACUCUGGCAGAUCCCGACUACAACAAAACUGGAAGAAUUGACAUCCUACUUGGAAUAGGAGUAUUCGUUGAUGUGAUACGCUUUGGUCGACGGUCCGGACCUCGUGAUUCGCCCACAGCCCUCAACACAGAAUUUGGAUGGGUCCUGGCUGGAAGCACAGGCUCUCAAGACAACACAACAUUAGUCACGACUCACCUGACCUCCGUGCUGACAGGCGAUGACAUUCUUCGACAAUUUUGGGAAGUAGAAGAAAAGGCAGUCCCCAACUGUACUCUCACCUUGGAGGAAAGAUCUGCAAUUGAGCAUUUCCAAACGAAUUACGUUCGUAAAGAAGAUGGAAGGUUUAUGGUUCCUUUGCCCAAGCGUCCCCAGGAUUCUAAAAUUGGUGAAUCACGAGCUCAAGCUGUUCGCCGCUUUCUAUCCUUUGAACGGUCCAUCCAUUCAAAAGGAAUAUUUCCUGAAGUACGAAAGGUCAUUGAGGAAUACUUUGACGAUCAACAUGCUGAAGAGGUCCCAACUGAUGAUCUGGAGAAACCUCAAGACAAAGUAUUCUACCUCCCUAUCCAUGUCGUACACAAGGAAUCCAGUACCACCACUAAAGUCUGUGCUGUUUUUGAUGCGUCUGCAACCACUUCUACCGGCACUUCUCUCAAUUCCACUCUCAUGGUUGGACCAACUGUACAUCCACCACUUCUAGAUGUCUUGAUCCGCUUCAGAAAUCAUCGCAUAGCAAUGAUCGCAGAUGUGAGCCGAAUGUAUAGAGCCGUACUACUUACAGACAAUGACAAGGAUCUACAUCGAUUCGUCUGGCGGAACAGUAUCGCAGAACCAUUGAAGGAUUAUCGAAUGACACGUGUUACCUUCGGUGUCUCAGCAUCAUCCUUUGUCGCAAACAUGUGCGUGAAACAAAAUGCAAUCGAUCUCGAAUCCGAGUACCCUUGUGCAGCUAAACAAGUACACACAUCUUUCUAUGUAGAUGAUUAUCUUGGAGGCGCAGACUCGAGUCAGGAAGCUGUAAAGCUACAAUUGGAUAUGCAUGCCCUCUUCAAAAGGGGUGGAUUUUUGUUACGAAAAUGGAGUUCUAGUGAUCCCUCUGUGUUGAAACGCAUUCCAAAGGAUCUGAGAGAUUCUCAAGCUACAGUCGCAUUAUCAGAGUCCGACCAGUACACCAAGACGCUGGGAAUCGAAUGGAAUGCCUCUCAUGACCAUUUUCGUGUGAACGUGACGGAACUUCCACCUGUCGAAUGCAUGACUAAGAGAUCUCUAGUUUCUGACGUUGCGAAGACAUUCGAUGCAUUGGGGUGGUAUUCUCCCACCAUCAUCAAGGCUAAAAUUCUCCUACAAAUGCUUUGGCUCGAGAAAGUGGGCUGGGAUGACCGUGUGCCAGACACCAUCCUUGAAGAAUGGUCAAAGUGGAGACGUGAAUUACCAAUGCUCUCAACCCACCACAUCUCACGAUGCUACUACCCUAAGGAAGCCUCUAUCGUAUCUACGCAGUUACAUGGAUUCUCCGAUGCCUCAGAGAAGGCCUACUCAAGUGUUGUUUAUCUCAGGAUGGAAGACACUAAUGGUGUCGUUUACACCUCACUCGUUACCUCGAAGACUCGUGUUGCUCCGAUCAAACGGCUCACAAUACCAAGAUUGGAGUUGAAUGGAGCGUUGACCCUCGCACAGCAACUCUCUCACUGCAAGAACGUUCUUGACAUGCCAUCAAGUUCUAUACACGCUUGGACUGAUUCUACUAUUGUGUUGGCUUGGAUUCAAGGAAAUCCACGUCGUUUCAAGGUGUAUGUGGGCAAUCGUGUUGCUCAGAUAAUGGACCUGACACCGGCUGACUGUUGGAAACAUGUUGCGAGUGAAGAAAAUCCAGCCGAUUGUGCAUCUCGGGGACUAUUUCCCUCAGAGCUCAUACACCACGACUUAUGGUGGAACGGACCUUCAUGGGUGAAGUUGCCUCUAACUCAGUGGCCCAAGAAUGAAGCACCUGUCGAUAUCAAUGUUGAUGAUGGAGAAUUGUGCACCACCGCUUGCAACUUAGUAAUCACAGAAGACCCUCUCAUACCUAUCGACAAGUUCUCCUCCUUUGAUUGCUACAAGCGAGUAAUUGCCUGGAUUAUGCGAUUCGUCCACAACUUCAAGGCAAAGAACUUCAAGGCAAAGCCUCAAGGUUUACAACCCAAGAAUGGUUGUCUGACUACACAGGAGCUAAAACAAGCUAAUGAUUAUCUCUACUCGGUCAUCCAAACAGCCAAUUUCCCAAACGAAUUGAGAAUUCUGAAGACAAAAUCCCAGAAGCUUCCGAUUUCGAGCAAGAUACGUUCUCUUAAUCCAACCAUUGAUGAUACUGGAAUUGUCAGAGUUGGAGGAAGACAACAGAAAGCGAAGUUCUCCUAUAAUAGCCGGCAUCCAGUUAUACUCGACUCAAAACACCCUCUCGUCAAAUUGCUGAUACGAUCUGAACAUAAGCGUCUACUACAUGGUGGAUCACUACUCGUUUCUUCCUCCCUGUUCCGGAAUUUUCACCUGCUUGGUGGACACAGAGCCAUCCGAUCGAUAAUCCGACAAUGUGUUAUUUGCAGGCGUCAAGCACCCAAACCAAGUCCUCAGAUGAUGGGACAAUUGCCCACUGAACGAAUCACACCGGACAUUGUCUUCGAGAAUGUUGGAUUGGAUUAUGCUGGCCCCUUGUAUCUCAAACGUGGUUCUGUACGCAAACCAAUCAUCUUGAAGUCCUAUGUGUGCGUCUUCGUGUCGAUGUCCGUAAAGGCAGUUCAUCUGGAACUUGUCUCUGAUCUCACCACAGAGUCUUUCAUAGCCUGUCUGCGAAGAUUUAUUGCUAGAAGAGGAAAGCCUACCUCGAUAUGGAGUGACCACGGCACCAAUUUUGUGGGUGCCAAUCGUGUGCUGAAGGAACUACAUGCUCUCCUACUCUCAAAUCAAACCAUACACGACUUUUGCUCAACUCAAGGGAUCGAUUGGCAUUUCAUCCCUGAACGUGCACCUCACUUUGGAGGUUUAUGGGAAGCAGCUGUGAAGAGCUUCAAGACUCAUUUGACAAAAGUAGUUGGAAAUUCUAAACUCGAUUUCGAAGAGAUGUGUACCGUCCUUACUCAAGUAGAAGCGUGCCUAAACAGCCGACCACUAGGCAACAUUCCUCACAAUGACGAUGAAGGUAUCGAAAUGUUGACGCCAGGACACUUCCUGAUCGGCAGACCUGUACAAGCUAUACCUGACCAUCCUCAAUCUUCUCAACCUCAGAAUGUUCUUCGAAGAUGGUAUUUGUGCCAAAGUCUCGUUCGUCACUUCUGGGAAAGAUGGAGAAAGGAAUACCUCGUUGCACUUCGUAAGUAUUCCAAGUGGAAGCACCCUAGUAAAAACCUUUGUGUUGGAGAUGUUGUUGUUCUUAAAGAGGAUAAUUUAGUGACUUCUCAGUGGCCUCUGGCUCGUAUCAUGGAGACGAACGCCGGAGCCGAUGGACUAGUUCGCGUGGUUACACUCAAGACCAAAGACGGAAUCUACAAACGACCUGUUACCAAAGUCGCAUUACUUCUACCAUGCGAGAACUAAUUAACUAUUUACAUUGAACGAACAGUUUUUUUUCUUUUGUGGCUUUCUAAGACAGUAGGUCUUGGCCGGCAGAAUGUCUACGUGUAUUGUUAGAUGGUAAAGGUCGUCAUCUUAAUUUUUGUAUUUUAGUCAUAAUAUUGAAUGAAAAUGGACUCACAUGUCAAAGUUUUAG